UAUUUAGAAUUACAUAAAUGGAAAUUUAAUGAGUAUUUAUAAAAAAAAAUUGUUAUAAAGAUUUUGAAAAUAUUUUUGAUUAUAAGACAAAAAUAUGACAAAUAAUAAUGGUAAUAGAAUUCCUGAAAAUGUCACUUCAUAUGAUAUAGGGAAUAAACCAUAUAAACAUGAUCCUGGACGUGGAAAAUGGGAGAAAACAUGGGAUUUUUAUGCAAUUGCUUUAAGCCAUUGUUGCGGUUUCCGUCACUAUUUGAUAUUUUUUGCAUUGGAACCAGCAUCAGCAGUAAUAAUGUCCAUAGCAUAUAUGAUGGGAAUGUUGGUUUUUACAUUACCGGUAUAUUUUACGCAAAUGUUUAUGGGCCAAUUUUCUAGCACUGGACUUAUAUCAGUAUUUCGGAUUGCUCCACUAUUUAAAAGUAUCGGUUACAUUUCAUUAUUUUUAAAUGUUAUGACAUGCAGUUAUUUUAUGGUGGCAACUGCAUUUCCCCUAUACAUUGUGUUUGAGUCUAUGCAAACACAUUUGCCUUGGGCACAUUGUGGUAAUCAUUUUAAUUCAGAAGAAUGUGAGGCGAUUGAACCAGGAUCCUUAAAUGCUAGCAUGAAUUUUUCUGACUUUUAUUAUGAAUAUAGCAAUAAUAGAACUUUUCCAAUAAAUGAAUAUUUAAAAUAUGUGUUUAAUGGACAUGAUGUAGAUAAUAACUGGUAUUUUUCUUGGCGCAUAAUGUUAUGUACACUUCUGAUUUGGGUAUUAAUUGGUUUAGUAUUGUAUAAUGGAGUCGAAAUGUUUGGAAAAAUUUUUCGAUAUAUUACUGCCAUUACUUUCGUAUGCUUAUUUUUAACAACGUUACGUAUAAUUUUUGUUGUUGAAUGUUGGGAAGCAAUACAAAAAUAUUUUGAAUUAAAAUUGUCUUCGUUUACGAACGUUAGUUAUUUUUUAUUAUCGCCAAUAUUAACUGUGACUGCAUUCGGAGCUGGUUGGGGUAAUAUUCUAACAAUAGCCAGUUAUAAUAAUUUUAAAGAAGAUAUUGGAAAAUUAUCACUAGUUGUAUGUUGUACACAAAUGGUUGUAUUUAUGAUAACAAUGAUUACUUAUAUGUCUGUAGAAGAUUAUAUAGCUAAAUAUUACGGAUUCAUUUAUAUAUCUAUUGGAUAUUAUCAAGCGUUCACCUAUAUAUUUGUAUCAUAUGCUAUGUUUUUUGCUCAUUUCAGUUGGUCACAUUUUUGGACAAUAUUAUUUUUCUUACUCCUUUUUUUAUCACAAUUUGCUGAAGGGGCUGUACAAAUUCUAACCAUAUUAACAGCAAUAUUUGAUGAAUAUGAAUAUACCAGGAUCUAUAAGAAAGCUAUUUUAGGAUGUUUGAUAGCAUUUCUCGGUUCAAUUUCAAUGUUUUUUUGUACAACUGCUGGAUUUGCCACAGUUAGUGUGCUACAUUCAAUGGCAGAUGCCAAUAAAUUAAUUAUAAUAUUAUUAGAAUUGUUUGUCAUUGUUUGGAUAUAUGGUAGGCUUCGAUUUAAACGUGAUGUAAAAUUUAUGACGGGGAAAUCAAUUAAAAGUUGGAAAGUAUGGACAAUGAGAUUUAUAACACCUAUUGCUAUCGCAAUUGCAUUAUUAGUUUACAUUUUUGAGUCGCAAUAUUAUCGAAGAUUUGGACAUAUUUUAGCCAUUUUAAUAUUUGCCAUCUUGAAGUUAACACCAACGAUGUAUGUCCCGGGUUAUAUGAUUUAUAAAAUUUGUACCGCGACUGGUAAUGUUAUUGAUAGAAUAAAAAAACUUUGUCGUCCCAACGACUGGUAUCCGGCUGAUCCGAUUGAACAUCAAAAUUAUGAAAAUUAUUUAGAUAAUUCUGAUAUUGCAAAUGAAUUGGUACACGCAAAUUUAAUAACAGAAACAGUAUCGUUUUAAUUAAUUACAUGUUUUGUAUUUUAAUAACUAAUAAAAAAAUUUUAAAUA